AUGUUGGUUGGUAGAUCUUCAUCAAUCAUCAAAGUUCUUUUUUCUCGUGCCAAAGACUGGAAACGGCAAGAAAAAAGGCUCAACCCCUUAACAAGGAAGGAUAGAUUAUCAUCAGCAAGAUGUUUCUCCGUGGGGAUUCAGUUAUCAUUGUUCUUAGGAGUAUUAAGUGAGGUAGGUCCUAAAAUGAAGGAGCUGAAAGAAAAUAUUAAAGUUCGAACUUACGCCCUCAUCUUGGAAGGACUUGUUCCAUCAGCACCACCAACUAUUGAUCUUGACAUCUGA